UAAACAUUAAAGAGCAAAAGCAGAGAGAAGGGGGCGUUUGUCAUCACCGUGUUCUAAAAUUCGAUUUCUUCAGACAUGGCAAUGGCGAAUUUGGCCAGAAAAAAGGCCAUCAAUCUCUUCAACAACACUGUCAUCUCUUCAGGUGCACUCAGGUAUUCAUAUUCUCUUUCAUCUACGUUCUCUAGAGGAUUCGCGUCGGGAUCUGAUGAGAACGAUGUCGUUGUCAUCGGCGGCGGUCCUGGUGGAUACGUGGCGGCGAUCAAGGCUGCUCAGCUAGGGCUCAAAACUACUUGUAUCGAGAAGCGCGGCGCUCUCGGUGGUACCUGCCUCAACGUUGGUUGCAUCCCUUCUAAGGCACUUCUUCAUUCAUCUCACAUGUACCACGAGGCCAAAACAAGCUUCGCCAAACACGGUGUAAAGUUGGAUAAUGUAGAAAUCGAUCUUGCAGCCAUGAUGGGUCAAAAAGAUAAAGCCAUAUCAACUCUCACAAAAGGCAUCGAAGGCCUUUUCAAGAAAAACAAAGUAACAUACGUAAAAGGACACGGGAAAUUCCUCUCCCCUUCCGAAAUUUCCGUAGAUACCCUUGAGGGCGGGACCACAGUGGUGAAAGGCAAAAACAUCAUAAUCGCCACCGGAUCCGAUGUCAAAGGACUCCCCGGAAUCACAAUUGAUGAAAAACGAAUCGUGUCAUCCACCGGAGCUUUAUCUUUGACCAAAAUCCCCAAAAAGUUGACCGUCAUCGGGGCGGGCUACAUCGGGUUGGAAAUGGGGUCGGUGUGGGCCCGCCUCGGGUCAGAAGUCACAGUGGUCGAAUUUGCCCCCGCUAUCGUUCCAUCAAUGGAUGGAGAGAUCCGGAAACAAUUUCAAAGAUCUUUAGAGAAACAAAAAAUGAAAUUUAUGCUCAAUACUAAAGUGGUGGCGGUCGACACCACCACGGAUGUUGUGAAAUUGACACUCGAGCCGUCGUCGGGCGGUGAUCAAUCCGUUCUUGAAGCGGAUGUGGUUCUUGUAUCCGCGGGUCGGAACCCGUUUACAUCCGGGCUCGGUUUGGAGACAAUUGGUGUUGAGACUGAUAAAAUCGGGAGAAUCCCGGUUGAUGAAAGAUUCGCGACAAAUGUAAACGGUGUUUUUGCGAUUGGUGAUGUGAUUCCGGGCCCGAUGUUGGCCCAUAAAGCGGAAGAAGACGGAGUCGCGUGUGUGGAAUUUAUCGCGGGGCUACACGGGCAUGUGGACUAUGAUAAGGUGCCAGGUGUCGUGUACACGCAUCCCGAGGUGGCUUCGGUUGGAAAGACUGAAGAGCAAGUGAAGGAGAUGGGGAUUCCAUACAGAGUGGGGAAAUUUCCGAUGUUGGGAAACAGUAGGGCGAAAUCGAUCGAUGAUGCGGAAGGAGUUGUGAAAAUAAUAGCGGAAAAAGAGACUGAUAAGAUAUUAGGGGUUCAUAUUAUGUGUUCAAAUGCAGGGGAAUUGAUCCAUGAAGCUGCUUUAGCGUUGACUUAUGGUGCAUCAAGUGAGGAUAUUGCGCGUACUUGUCAUGCUCAUCCUACUUUGAGUGAGGCUGUUAAGGAGGCUGCAAUGGCCACUUAUGAUAAGGCCAUUCAUAUAUAAUAUAUAUAGGUAAACUCAGGUGAUUAAAUCGUUUGAAAUUUUCUUCUUUUUUGUUUGUUUAUUUGGAAUUUUUGGAUGUUGGGUCUGAGUUGAGUUGAACUCAGCCUAAUAAAUUUGCUUUAACUGAGUUUUGAUGAGCUUGAUUAACCACGUAAUAGCAACAUACUUUCUUUA